AUAAAAUCCUUUAAUUCUUAAUAAAAUGUCUAAAUUGGAUGAUUUUUGGUUAAGAGACAGAAUGCUUGAUUUAUUAGAAGAGUAUGAUAAUAUUACACAUGAUUAUAUAAAGGAAUGUGCAAUAAAGUCAAAAAAUGUAGAAGAAUUGAAAAAGAAAUUGAUUGAUUCAGGUUUUCCAGCAGAAGAUUAAUUUUGUUAAGAAUUGUUAAGUAGAUUUGCAGGAAUAAAAGCUCCAAAGUUAUCAGAAUAUGAAUAAUGGGAGAAGGAAUAAUAGGAGAAGAAGUAAAAGGAAUAUGAAUUGGUAGAAGAUAAUAAAAAUAAUAUUUAAAUUCAUAAUCCUAAUGAAAAUAAGGAGGAAGAUAAGAAAGCUAAAGAAGAAUUACAUAAGAAAUUAUUAAAAAAAAAACCAUAAGAGAAAUAAGAGGAGGAAUUAUUAAAGAAGAUUGAAUUGGAGAAAGUAAAAGAGGAAUCUAGGAUGAAAUAUUUAAAGGAGAGAGAAUAGAAGUAAUUAAAGUUAAAAUAGAUGAUUUAGAAAGAUGAUGAAUAGAUGUUUAUAGAAUAGGAUUUAACAAGAAAAGAAAGAGAGGAAAGAGAACUGAAUAGAACAAUAUUGAAAGCAGCAGAAUCUUAGAAAGAUAAUGAUAUAGUUGUUGAAUAUUAUAAAUAACCAGAAUUAUAUGAAGAAGAUGGUAAAAUUUUAAAAGAUAAGAAUGAUGUAUUGAAAAAGAAGGCUUAAGAUAUUAAGGCAGAAAUACCAGAAGAAGAAUAAUGGUAAUAACAUAUAUCUACAAGAGCAAAUUAACAUGUAAGAACAUGGGAUGAGAUAGAAUAGAAGAAAAUAAAGAAAUAUGAAUUGCUUUAUGAGAAUGCGAUAGAUUUUGUAUAAUUAGAAGUAAUAAAAGAAUUAGGUAAGAAACAAAUAAAAAAAUAGAAGAAAAUGAAAGAGAGAGAAAAGAAGAAGAAAAGAGAAAAAAAGAAAAAGAAACAUCGUAGUAGCUCUAGUAGUAGUAGUAGUAGUAGUAGUUAAAGUGAAGAAGUUGUGAAUAAACCAUAAUAUCCUAUGGAACCAUAGAAACCAUAAAAGAGUGCAAUGCAAAUAGUGAAAGAAGGAUUACCAAUUUAUAAAUUUAGGAAUUAAUUAUUAUAAUUAAUAAGAGAUAAUAAAGUAAUAGUUAUGGUAGGAGAGACAGGAUCAGGUAAAACAACUUAAUUAGCAUAAUAUUUACAUGAAUUAGGAUAUACAAGAACAGGAAAGAUUGGUUGUACUUAACCAAGAAGAGUAGCUGCUAUGUCAGUUGCAUCAAGAGUCGCAUUAGAAAUGGGUGUUAAAUUAGGUCAUGAAGUUGGAUAUUCUAUUAGAUUUGAAGAUUGUUGUAAUGAAAAUACAAUAAUUAAAUAUAUGACUGAUGGUAUGUUAUUAAGAGAGUUUAUGAUUGAUCCAUUACUUACAAGUUAUAGUGUAUUAAUUAUUGAUGAAGCACAUGAAAGAACUUUACAUACUGAUAUUUUAUUAAGUUUAAUUAAAGAUAUUAGUAGAGCUAGAGAUGAUUUAAAAGUUGUUAUUUCAUCAGCUACUCUAGAUGCAUAAAAAUUUAGUUAAUAUUUUGAUGAUGCUCCUAUUAUUCAAAUUCCUGGUAGAAGAUAUUAGGUUGAUAUCUAUUACACAUAAUAACCUGAAGGUAAUUAUGUUGAAGCAGCUGUUGUUACUGUAUUAUAAAUACAUGUUACAUAAGGAGUUGGUGAUAUUCUUGUAUUCUUAACUGGAUAAGAUGAAAUUGAAGAUGCAGAAGAAAUGCUUAAAACUAGAACUAAAGGAUUUUCUAAAAAAAUACCUGAAUUAAUUAUCUGUCCUGUCUAUGCUGCAUUACCUAGUGAAUAAUAAGUUAAAAUAUUUGAACCUACUCCUAAAGGUUGUCGUAAAGUUGUCUUAGCUACAAAUAUUGCUGAAACUAGUAUUACUAUUGAUAAUAUAAUCUACGUUGUUGAUUGUGGUUUUGUUAAAUAAACCUCAUUUAGUCCUUCUACUGGAAUUGAGUCUUUAUAAGUUGUACCUUGUUCUAAAGCUAAUGCUAAUCAAAGAGCAGGUAGAGCUGGCCGUAUUGCUCCAGGAAAGUGUUUUAGACUUUACACAGCUUGGUCAUAUAAUAAUGAAUUAGAAGAAUCCCCUAUACCAGAAAUAUAAAGAACUAAUCUUGGUAAUGUUGUCUUAUUACUUAAAACUAUGGGAAUCAACAAUCUUGUUAAUUUUGAUUAUAUGGAUCCACCACCUCAUGAAAUGCUAUUAAGGGCAUUAGAAUAACUCUAUUCUCUAGGAGCUUUAAAUAAUGAUGGGGAAUUAACCAAAUUAGGAAGAAGAAUGGCGGAAUUUCCAUUAGAUCCAAUGCUAUCCAAAAUGCUUGUUACAUCAGAACAUUUUAAAUGUGUUGAAUAAAUUAUCACAAUUUGUUCCAUGCUCUCAGUUGGAAAUACUAUCUUUUAUCGUCCUAAAGAAAAAUAAGUACAUGCUGACACAGCUAAAAAAAACUUUUACAGACCUGGAGGGGAUCAUAUGACAUUAUUGAAUGUUUACAAUUAAUGGAAGGAUUGCAAUUAUAGUAAAGAAUUCUGCUAUGAGAGCUUCAUUCAAUUUAAAGCAAUGAAGAGAGCUUAAGAUAUUAAAGAAUAAUUGAGUUCUUUAUGUGAAAGAGUUGAAAUAGAUGUCAAAGAUUAAUCGCUUUCAAUUUAUGAAGAUAGUAGCAUUAAUAUUAGAAAAUGUAUUACUUCUGGAUUCUUUUAUAAUUCGGCCAAAAAAUAAAAGAGUGGUACAUAUAGAACAUUAAAGAACAGUCAUGAAAUCCAAAUUCAUCCUUCUUCACUUGUGUUCCAAGAAAAACCAGAAUGGGUAAUAUAUCAUGAAUUAGUAUAAACUUCUAAAGAGUAUAUGAGAAAUGUAUGUGAAAUAAAACCUGAAUGGCUGUAUGAAAUAGCACCUCAUUAUUUCUCAGAAGACUUUAUUAAAUCAAAUUAAAAAACAUUGCCUAAAACAAAAGUUGAUUAUAAUAAAUUCUGA